AUGGACUCGUCCCUCCAUCCCCUUCAAGGCCUGUACCAGCCACACAACCUCAAGGGACUCUACUAUGGCCCGGAUGUGGUCAAGAACCACAUCUUGUCGGUUCUGCCCUCGGAGACAUCCAAGGCCUUCAUCAUCACGGGCAGUUCCCUCGCCAACAAAACCCCGCUCAUCAAGUCGCUCGAAGAGCUUCUGACCACGAAACACCACGCGGGCACGUUCAGCAACAUCCGACAGCACGCCCCCGUCGCCCAGCUCGACGAAGCGACCGAGAUUGUCAAGAAAGACAGCACCAUCGACACCAUCAUCUCCGUGGGCGGCGGCUCGCCCAUCGACAGCGCCAAAGCCAUCUCUUACCGCCUGCAUGAAACAUCCAAGAAAUGGCUGUUGCACAUUACCAUCCCGACCACGUUGUCUGCGGCAGAGUGCACCGCGAUCGCCGGAUACACGCAAGCAAACGGCACAAAGACCGGCAUCUCCCACCCAAACACUUUCGCCGCGUACAUCUUUUACGAUCCCAAGUUCGCCAUUUAUACACCCCCGGAACUGUUCCUGUCCACGGGCCUGCGAGCUAUGGAUCACGCCGUCGAGAGCCAGUAUCAUCCCAUGACGACGUGGGUCCCCUGCCGGAUAGUCGCGUUGAAUGCCAUCACCGAGCUAUUCCGCCUGCUGCCCAAGUACAAGGAGAACCCUAAGGACGAGGACGUGAUUACGGGGUUGCUGCUCGCCGCCUACGCCAGCUUGGGAUUUACAGGCCAGAACCUAAAGGGCGGCUUGGGCCUUUCUCACACCAUGGGGUAUGCAUUGGGCUCGCCGUACGGCAUCCCGCACGGCAUCACCUCGUGCUUGACGUUGGGCCAUGUCGUGAAACUCAAGGCGCGACAAAACCCGGAGAAUGCAGCCAACAUCGCCGCCAUCUUGCCGUACAUCGGCACCGGAGAGAAGCGGUCCGGCGACGACGUCAAGGACAGUGAUCUCGUCGGCGACCGCAUCUUGGGCCUGGUGCAGGACCUCGGCUUGAAGACGAACCUGACCGAGAAGGGCGUGGGCAAGGAUCAAUUGGAUACCAUCUGCGCGAGGGCCACGGGCGGGCUGGUGCCCGAGAAGGAAAAGGCUCCACAGGACGAAAAGCUCCUGGCGGCGGUGAGGGGGCUGGUUGAGAAGUUGUGGUAG